GUGUCUGCGCAUCGCGCGCGGGACAACGGAAAAUCGGUGUCGUCGUGUCGUCCAUCGAUUGUCGGCUCUGUCGCUCUCGGUGAACUUUCGAAAUUCGUAUCGGCGAUAAAACACGUGGUUUCUGAUAACCUUUCUUCAUCGGCGCCCGCCACGUGCAUAUCUUUCUUACUUUCUGCGAAAGAGAUUAUUUUAUUAGCGCGAUAUAUAUAAUUGCGAGGAUGCCGCGCUCCACCAGAGAUUCGGACGACGAUGCAGAGCCGAAAACAGGUCGUACGCGAAUUCAGAAGCUUAAUAUACAUUCUACUGUGAAUUCUCCAUUGCGCCGUAGCAGCAGAAUAAAGGUUAAAUAUUCACCAAAUUCUUCUGAAAGUGAUACUGGUAGCAUCAGCAGUAGUCAACCAAUCAGGAACACCAGAAGUAGAACAGCGACCAUGGAUAAUAUUGUCUCGGAAACAUUGAAAGAGCGUACUAGGAAAGCUUCCAUUUCUUCAGAUAUCAGUGAAUCAACAGACAUCGAUGUCUUAGGGACACCUAAGAAGAGAACUACAAGGAGCAGUUUGGCUGCUGUAACUUCUGGUACACCUACUAAAGUCAACACUCGAGCGGCAAGUAAGCGUCUUAUACGAGCUGGUUCUGAGACAAAAUCACCAGUGGUUAGAACUACACGUAGAACAAGAGCUAGUUCUGUCGAUCCAGAAUCUUUAUCCGAGCAAAAUAGAAGUCAUCCUGGCACACCAAUUAUAACACGUAAACGGGUAUCUCUAGUAAUGCCAGAAUCUCCAGUUAAAGAGGAAAAUGAAAAAAAGAAUCUUAUACCUUAUGUACGUUUGGAUACUACAAUAGUUGAGGCUGAUGAAUUUACAAAUUCAGGAAACUCAGAUUCUUCUCCAGAUAAAGCAUUACGUUCCCAAGAAAGCCAAAGAAUUAACAAAAAACGUCAAAGUAUACAUAAAAAUGAUAUUGAAGAGGAUAACAGUCAUGAAUCAGAUAAAAUUUCUCAACUAUCAAAGAAAAAAGAUGACAUACACGAUAAACAUACUGAUAAAAUAAUAGAAGACAAUGAAAUCAUUCUUGUUGAAGAAUGCAAAUCUGAGGAAAAUCUAUCAUCUGGUAAUAGUGCAACUGAAGUGUCCACACAGGACAGUUUUUCAAAUCUUUCAAAUUCUAAAGAAGAAGACAAACUGGAAAUAAUUAAAAAUUCAUCAGGAACAGAAAUGUCAUUAAAAAAAUCGCUCACAAAGGAGUUAAUGAUUAAGGUUGAAAACUUAUUGAAUACUUCUGUUGAAGAGCAAGAAGAAAGUCCGAGUAACAAGGAAAAUCAAACUCUGAAUAUUAUUAAUGACACGUUAGAAAGCAACAUACAACCUAUUACUAAUGUAAUAUCACUAAGUACGAAAUCUCCGGCUCCAAUAUUUGCGAAUAAAUCAUCAAAUGAGAAGGAAACUAAAUUUAUCAAAAAUGAGUCAAGCUUAAACAAACGACGUCACUCGAAAGAAUCCAUAGAAGCUACAAUGAAACACGGCAUUCUGUCCAAAGAAGUUAUUGAUGGCAUUGAGGAAAAGAUGGAUAUUUCUACAGACUCUUUAAGUUCAGAUUUAACAUGUAAGCAAGAAUGUUUAGAUUAUCCUUCGGUUAAUGAUACGACUAAAAGACAGAGUUUGGUACAUGAAGCAGACAGUAAAUCAACUACAAACGAUAUAAAUAAAUCAAUUUUAUCACAACAAGAAGAUAUAGGAUUAGUUGAUAAAGUUAUUGCGAAAAAUAAAACACCUAUUAAACAGAUAAGUAAAUCUACUGAAAACAUAAUGGAAGAGAUCACUAAAUUAGAUAAAGUCGAUAAAACAGAGCAUAUUAUUACGGAUACUGACAUCAAUAAAGAUUCUAACAAGAUUGAAUUGAAUAAAAUUUCAUGUUUAUCUAAGAAGCAAAGUAAAACAAAACAGGAAAGUGAUAACAAGAAAAGUUUGAGUUCUAUUUCCAUAAUUGAUGACAACGAAAUGAAAUUAGUGUUAGAAGAGCAAAGCUCGUAUCAGGAUGAAAACGAAGCUUCCUCAAACAUGCCUCAUUCUAUGCUCAUUUCUGAUUCAAUGGAUUUAAUAGUUAUGUCAUCAAUUAAUAAAAAUUCUAAUGAUCAAUCCAAUAUAAUAGAGAAACGGUCAGUUAUAACUCAGGAUAAUAUUAUUAAUAGUACUGAUUUUACGAAACAAGAACGGAGAAACUCUAAGCAAGCAAUAGAAACAGUUCUAGAAUCCUCCAAUGCUGCCCUGGAGACAAGUAAAUCCGAAUCCAAUGAAUCGAAUGAGGAUAAUGCAGUAAUUCAAGAUACUCAACCUUCUAAUGUAACAGAAGCUUCUGAAAAAUUCACAAUAAAUAUGCCAUCUAAAAGAGCAGAAGCAAAAAGUAACCACAAAAAUACUAUAAAACAAGAUUUAAAACGGAAAAGUACAGAUAAUAUAUAUUUAGAGAAAGAAAAAGAGAAUUUGCGAUUGGAAAACCAGAACGAUACAAAUAUGAAUACCGAUCGUAAUGUUAGUGUUGGUAUUAGUGUAUUUCAUGAUACUUCUAACGACAACUCGAACAAAAAAAAGAUUGAGGAGGAAAUUGAUGUUGACGUCAACUCAGUACACUCUAAUUCUCAGUUAUUGAAGGAACCAGAAAGUGAAAGCGAAGCUGAAUGUGAUCUUGUUUUGGUGGAUAAGAAGGCGUGGUUGGCUGCUGAAAACAUGAAAACUGCAAAAGAAGCAGAAUCUUUCGAAUAUGAUUCCGACGAUACCAUGUUAUUAAAGAGCCGAUUAGAUGCGAAGACAAUGGAUCAUGAACAAAUAAUUGCUAAACAAUUGCCUACGAUAAAUGAAGAAUUAUUAGAGAAUCGCGUAGACGCAAAGGUGGAGAGUCGUGAUAAAAAAUCGUUGAUUAUGAUAGAGGAAGAAGAAAUAGAUCGUGAUAAUAAAGCAAUUAAUUCAAUUAUAAGAUUAAAAAAUGUGAUUGGAAAAUAUAAGGAUUCUUUACCUAGUUCUAUGGAAGAUGAGGACGAUUUAAUCGCGGCUGUAAAUAAAUCUAUAAAUGAGUUUGAAACAGUUUCAAAUCAAAAUAAUGACCGACCUGUUUCCAGAUUAAACAAAUCAGGACAAACUGUUGCAAAAGACAGGGAACAAUCAUUUAAAAUACAUGAUGAAUCAGAUGAAAUUGAAGAUAAAGCAAAUGAAUUAAACAGAAGUUUGCAAGAAAAUAAGAAAAAUAAAUCUUUAUCAAAAUUGACGGAAAGAAGAAAAUCAUUAAAUAAAUCUUCAACAAAAAAUACGCCUUCAAGGCAAGGAGAUAAAGCUAUGCAGAAUAUUUCUAUAAAUGAAUCUCCAGAGGAUUACUCGGGGAAAGAAUUAGAUAGCACAGAUGCAAAAAAAGAUUUAAGAAAAAAAUCACCAAAGAAAAAGCGUUCCUUGAAUAAAUUACAAAAUAAAGAUGCAGAUACAAGUGAAUCUGAAGAAAAAAACUUGUCAAACUUGAACGCCAAAACACCAACACAUUUAAAUGAUGAUGAAAGCGAUAAUAGCGAAAUAGUUAUACCAGCUAUGAAUUUUGAAAGUAAAAGUUAUUCUUCAAUAGUAUGUACGGGAUCAGAUCUUGAUGAGGAAUCGGAUAGCAGUGAUGAAAGUGGAAUUCCAAAUUUUCUAUUUGCAACAACAAGCAGUGAUACUGAUAAUAGUACUAAUAUUAAUACAUCAAUACAUUCUGAUAUCAAGAGAGAAUAUAAUCUGGAUGGAAAAGAACAAAAGUUUUCUGAUGAUAAUGUACCCGCGAGUUCAGAAUCGGAAGUUUCAGAUCCUGAUGAUGAUGGUUCAGAUCUCGCAGAUUUUAUAGUUAAUGAUGAUGAAAUAGAAGAAGAUGAUGAAGAUGAUGAUGAUGAUAACGAAGAAAAGGAGGAAAGUAAUAGUGAAGAGGAAAAUAAGCAAAAUAUGGAAGAAGCCGGAGAUGCAGAAGAGGAGGAAGUGGACGAUGAAAGCGAAAAUAAGCAAAGUGUAAAAGAAGAGAAUAAAGUUGCAAAAAAAAAGGAAAUAAAAGAUAAAAAUUAUGAACAAGCGUACAUAGAUGUGGAAAAUAUGGAAGUAAAAAAUGAAAGAGAUGAUAUAUUGGACGAAGGAGGAGAUACAGAAGAAAUUGAUGAUGAUAUAUUAGACGAAGCAGGAGAUACAGAAGAAAAAUCUAUUAAAUAUACUCCGCUUCGCUUUAACACAAAAAUGUCUUCGCCUGAAAUAAAAUCCACAAAAAUAAAGCGAGAUAUCAAGAAGAAAAAAUCCGAUAUAAUGGAAAAUAAAACCAUUUUAUUGGAUAUGUCAAAUUCAGACUCGUUGAUUAAAAAUAAAUCUUGUAUGCAACAAAAUGAAGAUACUAUUUUAUUAGAUACACCUAACUCGUCAAUUAAGAAGAAAAAGAAAUCGAAUGUACAAUUUUCUCCGAAAGAUGUAACAGAACAAAAUGUAACAGAAGAAGUAAAUAAAUCUGAAAUAACAUCUACAAAAAAGUUGCCAAAAUCGCGCUUAUCAAUGGAAUGUAGUACUCCAAAACUUGAUACUUGUACACAGAAAUUCGAGUUUAAUGAAACACUUAAAACAUUCGGAAGAAUUUCGGAAAUUAAGGAUACCAAGAUAGAUAAUACAAAAACAACACAGGAUACUUCGUUUAAGAAAAAGAAAUCGAAGAAGGAUUCUAUAUUAAAAGAGGACAUCAGUUUGAGAGAGUUUAAUCGUAUAAGUAAUGAAAAAGAACUUAAUAACAGUCUACCAUCCGACCUAGCGGAAGCUGUAGAAAAAGCAGGGCUCUCGAAACCGAAACUUUCCAAGAUGGGUGAAUUACACAAAACAAUAAAUAUUACUCAUACUGAAUCACCUACAAUAAGAUAUCUUAGAAAAGAUAAAUUAAGUGAGAGUGUGCCAACAUUAAAAUUGGACAUAGAAAUCGAUUCAGGAAAGAAAAAACUAUUACCUGUUAAAAAGGCAAAAGAUAUUGCGCAAAUUAAAACAAAGUUAGAAAAUGAUGAAAAGGAAAUACCUAAUCUGGUAACUCCGCCUAGUGAUGAUGAUGCCAUACAGAAGCGUAGAAAGAAACAGAAGAAAUGUAAGGCGCAAACAGAAGAUAUUUCGAGCGAAAAUAUUAUCGAUAAAACCUUAUCUGAAGACAUGGUGGAAUCAGAUGCUCCUAAAAAGAAGAAACGUGUUAAACCUGCACAGCUACCAAUUAUAGAAGAUGAUACUUGCAAAGAUAGUCAAAUUAAUGAAAAAGAAAAAAAACUGAAGAAGAAGCAAUUUAGCGUAAUUGAACAAGACAAAAAUGUAAACGAAGAGAAUGUACCUCAAAAGAAUAUUCGCAAAAACAAAACGGAGUUAGCGCAACGCAAGAGGAAAAAUUAUGAAAUUGUAGAUAGUUUAGAGUUGGAUUUACCCGCGAACAUAGCUGUCGAAAACAAAUCUAAACGGCAAAAGACAGCGGAAAGUAAAGAAAUUGUGUCGGAAAAGUUAUUAAAGAAAAAGAAGAAGAAGGAAGAGAAAACUUCGCCGUUACAAGUUGGAAUUUCGAAAUUAAAAUCCGAUAAGAGUCCGGCAUCUAAUAAACUACAAAAUAUUGCGUCAGACACGAUUAAAUCCAAAAACGCUGUUUUUGCUAAAGCACGGGAUGAAGCACUAGAAGCUAUCCAUGCUGCAGAGAUGCGCGUUAGAGCUAAGAAAGAAUUAAAGAAGAAAAAGCGAGAAAAUGUUGAAAAUACGAUUCAGGAACAAGUUUUAAAGAUUCCUGACAAAAAACAAAGAAAAAAAGUUAUUGAGAAGAACGACUUUUUACCAUCGUCUACAGGUAGAGUAAAACGACUUCCGGACGACGUGGUCGAAAAUCUUACGGAUCUGCCAACGAGAGCGAAAAAAAGACAGAAAUUGUCGCAAAACCAGGAACAGAUUACGUCAUUGUCGGGACACAGUUCAAAAUCGAAGGCGACGACUGCAAGGGACGAUGGCAUCCUUGCAUUGAGCUCGUCUGGUAGCACCACGCAAUUCACUGUAAUAAAUAUGCGGAAGGCUAAGAAACAAUCGUCAAAAAGUAGCUCCGCAGCAGCUUCGUUCAGGCAACGUAUGCUUGAUAGGAACAAUCGGGAACCGGUUUCGGCUUACAAAAUGUAUCUUGAAAAGCAGCGAGCAACAUCAAAUAGCCGAUUUUUUAAUAAUGCAUUUUGAAUUUGAUUAUUUUUAAGUUUCAUUUCAAUAUUUCAUAAAUUCAACAAACUUUAUAAUAAAUUAAUAUAAAAAUAAGUUACUAUUUACGUAUACGACUUUUAUCACUAUUUGACAUGUUUUGAGCAAUCAGUGUUAUCUAGAAUAAAAUAAUAUAUCAAUGUUAUCAAGAAAUAACAUUGAGAGCGAUGCUGUAUCUUUCGUUUGUUUGUGUUAA